AUGUCUAUAACAUCUGUUUACAAUAAGAAUCAGAAUAACUCAGAAUAGAAGUUUGGAGUAGAUAAUCUAUUGACAUUCCAAAACGAAGUUGAAGUCAAGAAAUACUAGGAUUAGAACUCAAACCUGAAGCUUGUCAUCUUUGAAGGCGUCAUUUACGAUGUAGCAGAGUAUCUUCCACAGCAUCCUGGAGGAGCCGACUUAAUUGUUCCUUAUCUGGGAUCAUGCAUUGAUGAGCCCUUUGAGGAGAACUAACAUACAAAAUCAGCAAGGAAUUUGUUCAAUGAUUUACCCAAAGUAGGCUUAAUGAAGCACAACAGUGGAGCAAACAGUGACUCAGACACUUAAGCAUCAGACAAGGGGUCUAAUUCAAAUUUAAAGAACGGAAGUAACACUAAAUAAAUACAAGGAUUAGACGGAUAUCAGCUCCAAGGUACCUGGAAUCCAAACUACGAUAAGGGACUAUUACUUUAGCUUUGGACUAGUAAAAUCUCUCUGAAAGAGUAUGUGCAGUUUAUUGAGGAACCUAAGCAUCUUAUUAACCCUGUGAGAGAUGUAAUCCUCUUCAAUUCUCCUUAUUUAGAAGUAUUCUCAAAAACACCUUGGUAUGCCAUUCCAAUCGCCUGGUCGCCAUUCCUAGUCUACUGGCUUUCGCUCAAUGAACUAGAUGCUUUUAGCUCUCUAUUCUGGCUUUUAGCUGGAAUCGUGAACUGGACCCUAAUUGAGUAUCUCAUCCACAGAUUUAUCUUCCACGGAGAAGACUAUUGGCUCCCAGAGAGCAACUUUGCCUAUGUGGCUCAUUUUUUACUUCAUGGAAUUCAUCAUGCCUUCCCUCAAGAUGCAUUAAGACUUGUGUUCCCAGUUUUACCAGGUUAUAUUGUAAUGAACCUUUUGCUUGCACCAUUAGUUAAAUCAUUGACACCAGAUCACAUAGAAAAUGUUUUCGUGGCUGGAACUUUAGUUGGAUACAUUUUGUACGACCUUAUACAUUAUUUUAUCCACCAUUCAUCCCCUAAGGAUGGUUACUGGAAAAAUGUAAAAAUCUACCACAUGUAACAUCACUACAAAAAUGGCAAGGCUGGUUACGGAGUUUCAUAGAAAUUUUGGGAUUUAGUUUUCAGGACAGAACUUAGGAUUUGA